UUCUUUAUAAUAUGCUUGCCUUGUCUUCUUGCUUCCCCCCACCAUUAUUGCUUGAUCACUUCUAUGUCGCAUUUCCAGAUUCCCUAAUCUCUCUCUCUCUCUCUCUCUCUCUCUCACAUCGUCAUCAUUGCAGAGAUCAAAAUGGAGACGAUAUGAUCGCUGGUGAACCAUCUUUAUAUAUACAUAUAUCGUCCCGCACACGUAUACCUUCCCCUUCCUCCAUUCCUUUCUCUCUUCUGAUCAUCGGACCUUUAAUCACAUUCUCUGUUCCUGACGACAUCUGGGUCGAGAGAGAGAGAGAGGGAGAGGAGACCAGGAGAGAUGGUGCCGCCAUGGCUGGAGUCCCUGCUGUCGACCUCCUUCUUCUCCAUUUGCCCGUCUCACCAGGACGCGCCAAGGAGCGAAUGCAACAUGUACUGCCUCGACUGCGAGUCUGGUGCCUUCUGCUACUACUGCCGGUCGUCGCGCCACAAGGACCAUCACGUGAUCCAAAUACGGAGGUCGUCAUACCACGACGUGGUUAGGGUCUCUGAGAUCGACAAGGUGCUGGACAUAAGCGGGGUCCAGACCUACGUGAUCAACAGCGCGAGGGUUCUCUUCCUCAACGAGCGGCCUCAGCCUCGGAGCUCCACCGGCAAAGGCGUCUCUCAUCUGUGCGAAAUCUGCGCGCGGACCCUGCUCGACCCUUGUCGCUUCUGCUCUCUCGGUUGUAAGCUUGUAAGGAUAAAGAGGAAUGGGGAUGCGAGCUUUGUCUUGAGCGCGAAGAAUGACGAAGAAACCGCGGAAAAGAAGGAAGGAAUGCCAAGGAGAUUGCCCCGUAAAGCAGACGAAGGAUCGCGUGAAGCCAGGCAAACCCACUCGCACCACCAUCAUCAUCUUCCGCCGCCCUACGACGAUGACGACAUCUCCCCGCCCAUGCCGUCGCCACCCUCGACCGCCCCCUCCAACUCCCGGCGGAGGAAAGGGAUCCCACGCCGGGCGCCUUUCGGGUACUAACGAAACAAUACGCAAGCAAGCAACAGAAAAAGAAAGAGGCUGCGGCAGAUUCUUAUAAACUAAUCUCAUAAUUUAACAGCUCAUUCGGGAGAGGCCAACACAUGGGGGGGGAAGAGAUGGAGAAUAGAGGGGUUAGUGUCCUAAUCAAGUGAUUAGUUGUGAAAAGGAAAGGG